GAAUGCGGUGAUCUUCAUUGCGUAAUUUUAGAGCGCGUAGUUUGCCGAGCCCUCCACACGUCACCCGGCUACAGAGAUAGAGUUGCUCAAUAUGUCUCGAAUUUACGAAGAAGUGGAUCCCAUAUACGCUGCGACCUGUAGCGACAUCACUCUUUGCUCAAAUUCCAAAGGUUUCUUCAAGGGUCUCGCCGAUGACCUGGUUUCAUUAGCUGGGGAAGAAUGGCUAAAUAAAUUUGAGCUAGUGGAAGAUGGCAAGAAAGUUACAUUUUUUAUGGAGAAUAAGGAGGUAAUGGAAGCACUUACUGAAGUAUUAUCCAGGAUACAGCCCCUUCACCGCGGGAAAGACGCUAGAAUAUCGAGUCAGAGGCGCGGCGACGCACAAUCGGCUCUGAAGAAUGAAGAUCUAAUGAAGGCGUUGGCGUUGGCAAGUCAAGCCGUACUCAGGGCUCCCGUUACGGGAGAAAAUGAAGCGAUUGACGGCGGGGUGUCGCUGGCUUUGGCGCUGUGGCUUCGGUCUGAGAUCCUGCUGAAAUUAAAUAGACCUCAAGCCGCCCUAGAAGAUUUGAAGUUAGCUCUAAAGGAACGCCUACCUGCCAGAAUGCGAGCCCACUACUACUGGAGAAUGGGACACUGCUACCGAGGUACCGGAGAGGCUACAAGAGCGAAGGUGUCGUAUGAACUGGCCGGCCGACUGCUCGCUAAGGACGAGGUCGCCAAAACACAGCUAACUAAAGACAUUGAAACUCUAGAUUAUACAGUACAAUCGAAACGGCCGCCCGAUAAGAAUGCCACCACACUAACCGGAGGAGCGAAAUUAAACUUGCCAUCUUUAUCGAAACUACUGAAAAUAGUAGAAGAAGAGAACAAGGGUCGCUUCGCCGUGGCCAGUGCUCCGGUUCGAACGGGAGACGUCCUGCUGGUUGACAGUCCGUACGCAGCCUGCCUGCUCUCGGAUUACUACGGAACGCACUGCCUUCAUUGUUUCAGAAGGUUGGCGGACUGCGAAGAGUCGGCCCCGGUGUGGUGUCCCAAAUGCUCAGGCGUUGUGUUCUGUAGUAUCGAAUGUCGCGAUACUGCGGUUUCUUCGUAUCACUCCUUUGAGUGCCAGUUCCUAGAUCUAUUUGUGGGUUCCGGAAUGUCCAUCCUGAGUCACAUUGCUCUCAGAAUGGUGACACAAUCAGAUCUCGAAACGUGUCUGACAAUCCACUCAAAGUACAUCUCCAAUGACAUUAAAACCGUUGAAGGGAGCGUGCUUAACGACAUCGAAGGCGUUGCCAAAAAAUCUAAAAUGAAAAGUAGAAAAGAGAGACUGAAUAGAAAUAAGAAAAGCCAUAAGAUGUCUGUAGAGAAGAAUGAUAGAGUUGACGUAAUGGAAGAUAAACUGGAAGACAAAAAUAAUUUUGAAGAGAAGUUAGAAUUGAAAGCGGCGCAAGUUUACUCUCUCUGUACACACUCUGACCGGAGAAGGGGUGAUGAUUACUUGAAGAGGAUAGUGAUGGGCUAUUUCCUGACAGAAUGCCUGAAGCACGCUGGAUUUUUCAAAAACUGCAAUAAAAAUAAUUUGACUAAAGCGCAACAGUCCAUAUGUGAACUGAUAGUUCGCAACCUGCAGUUGUUACAAUUCAACGCACACGAAAUUUACGAGACCGUGCGAGGAGAGCACCAGUUCAGCGGGUCCAAGCCGCUCUAUUUCGCUGUGGGGAUCUACCCUGUCGGAGCACUCUUCAACCACGAGUGCUACCCCGCGGUCACCAGAUAUUUUGAGGGUCGUAAGAUCGUCCUACGCGCAACGAGACCCCUGACUCCCGGAGAAGUGGUCUCCGAAAAUUACGGACCGCACUUCAUGAUGCGGACCCUGAGGGAAAGGCAGCGAGCCCUCGCCUGCCGGUACUGGUUCCACUGUGAAUGUACCGCUUGUAAGGAAGACUGGCCAACUAUGAAGCAGAUGAAUAACGAUUCUAUUUCUUACAUAAGAUGUUCUAACCUCGCCUGCCGAGGUAAGCUCCGAGGGAGUGUCCAGCGGAUGGGUGAUCGAUGCAGCCUAUGCUCUACCCCUAUAGACAAGGAUCUAGUAACAGUUAAAAUUGACACGAUCAAUAAAUGCACGGCUCAGUAUCAGGAAGGCGCCAAGUUAAUGGACAAAGAGAUGCCAGAAGAAGCCACCGCGACACUGUGCAGUGCUAUAGACUCGUUUCACGAGGCAGGCCGGCCUCCUCACCUUGAAACGCACUUAGCCCAAGAAGCCUUAAGAUCAUGUUUUGCAGUACGUGGAAACAUUCACAUCCUGAAGAAGGAUGGCGAAAAAGACAACGAAAACAAGUAAUAUCCGCACGUUUCACUACGAAAACACAAUAAAUAUAUAAUACACUUUUAAUUGUAAGUGAUAUUGGUGUCGCCUUCAAUGUUAUUGGAUUUGGGGUCAAAAUGUAAUGUGCAUUGAUUAAUAAUUUUAUUGCUUAGUUGUGUUUUCAAUAUUUUUAGAAAAUAUAAAACAAUUUAAUAAACUA